AAAUUCUGCCACAAAGAGCACGCUCGGUCCCCCAUGAAGCUCUAUCUCUAUAGCACUAUCCUCGUGCUUCUAAUCAGUCGUGGCUGCUCCGAUUCUUCCAUCAAUGUAAGCCGCAGGUUCAGUCUUGAAUUUCCGAUGGAUUACAUUAAUGGAUUCAAUGGAAGAGCUUUUCUUUUGGAGACAGACCAGAUGUUGCCCAAUUUCAGAGCUGCAUUAAGUGUUGAAGCUAUAAAUGGGAAGUAUUCAUGUUCUUUAAAUGUCUUUCUUGGGGAUGUGAAGGUAUGGAACUCUGGUCAUUACUCGCAGUUCUACACGUCUGAUAUAUGCGAGGUUGAGCUUACUCAAGAUGGAGAUUUGCAGCUCAGGGGUCCCGAAGGAAAAAUUGGAUGGCGGACUGGAACUUCUGGACAAGGUGUGAAGAGAUUGCAGUUACUUGGGACCGGUAAUUUGGUCCUCGUUGAUGCUUUGAACCAGAUAAAAUGGCAAAGUUUUAAUUUUCCAACUGAUGUAAUGCUGUGGGGACAGAAACUGGAUGUGGCUACUUGGUUAACUUCAUUUCCAAGCAACUCAAAUACAUCCUACACCUUUGAAAUUCAGCACAACAGGGUUGCUCUUUACCUAAAUUCAGGUGACUUGAAGUAUUCUUACUGGGAAUUCAAGCCUUCCAAGAACAGAAACAUCACCUUUGCUAAAUUGGGUUCGAAAGGAUUAGUUCUGUUCAGUGAAAAACACAAGAAAAUCGCGCAGAUAUCUUCAUAUAGAGCUCAGCCUUUAAGGUUUCUGGCAUUGGGGAAUCAAACAGGAAACUUGGGGCUUUAUUUCUACUCACCUGAAAAGGGACAGUUUGAAGCCUCAUUUCAAGCACUCAACAGAACCUGUGAUCUUCCUUUAGCUUGUAAGCCCUAUGGGAUUUGUACUUUCACCAAUACUUGUUCUUGCAUAAGAUUCCUAACCAAGGGAGAUCAGAACCAUGAUGGCAUAAGUUCUGGUUGUGGUAAGGGGAUUUCAAGAGGAUUCUGUGGGACAACUCAAAUGGAAAUGCUUGAAUUAAAUGGGGUCAGUAGCAUACUAAGAGAUGCUCCAGGGAAGGCUAAUAUCAGCAAGCAAGAAUGCUCGAAUUCGUGCUUGAAUGACUGCAAAUGUGCUGCUGCAUUGUAUUCCUCUUUUGUUCAGGAAUGCUACUUUUACAGAAUGGUUGUAGGGGUCAAACAGGUUGAGGAAGGAAGUGGGUUGAGUUAUUUGGUGAAGGUUCCAAAAGGAAGCCAUGGAAAUCCCAGCAAAAACAGUGUAAAGCAAUGGGUUUUGGUGUUGGUUGGUGUGGUUGAUGGGUUGAUAAUUCUGUUUGUUUUGGGAGGCAUUGCUUCCUACUAUUUGAUUCAGAGAAGAAAUAAUAGUUCUUCUCUUACUGACAAUACAUGACAUCCUGCAAUUUUCCCUUUUUUCCAUUCAUUUUUUCCUGUUUGGAAAUUAACAAAAAUGAAAAAUACAGUUAUUUUGAGAUU